AUGCUCUCAGACGCAGAAUUCUUCCACCGACUUGAUGUUGCUCUCGCCCCAGUUUCAAAGGUGUUCCAGCACCCCGUGCCGUUCCACGGGAGGCUCAGGGAGCUCGGUGGCUCGCUUUCAGAGGGUCAAAUGACACUAACCUCUUCGCUGCGCCGCGCCCCCUCUAUUAGUGGCACUGCUGGUGGUGGUGGUGGUGGUAGUGGUGAGUUGUCGGAGGGGUCAAGGGACAAGGAGGCGCAGGCGGUGGAGGCAACACUGCGGCAGAUCGCCAAGGCGGAGUGCGAGUCCCGUGUGGAGGGCCUGCAGCAGUGGCUGGAGCGUGCGCAGAAUGGGCGACGAAUAGGGGAGCAGUGUCUGAGCGUACUCAACAGCUUGUCGAGUUGCCUGGGAUCCAUGCGUGAUGUGACAGGUGCCGUCCAGGAGCAGAGCAAUCAUUUGAGCAGCAACGCAUCGGCACUGAUGGUGCGCAAGACGAAGCUGGAGAUGGUGCAGGAGGAGCUGCAGCGUAUGAUUAAACACUUCACACGCAUUGGGGUUCUCACGCGGGAGGCUGAGCAGCCAACGCUGUCGGCAACCUCCGCUCGCUAUCCUGGUAUGCUGCAGGAGAUGGAGGAGGAAAUGCAAUUCUUAUCACGGAAUCCGCAGUUCUUGUCCUCCAAGGUGUAUGCAACGAAGUUGGCUGUAGCCCAACAGCGCGCAUUCCAGUGCUUAAAAGAUGCUGUUGUGGUGUCUCUGCAAGCCGCACAGACUGCGACAACUGACGCCGAUCUGUACCAAUGCGCCUUCUACCAGAAGCAACAGAGUAGUGAAAACGCAGCUCCAGGUUCUGCUGCCGAUACUGAACUCAUCACAACACCACUCUCAUUCCACGGCGCGGAGGAAAGCACAGAGAGACAACGUAUGGUAUCGGAGAAGCUCAGUGCCAUUAAUAGCAUCUUUUGUGAGAAGCUCAGCGAGAAGGCGUCGCUACGCCGCAUGAUGGAAGCGCGUCGUGGCGAGGGGCAGAUGGAGGACGACAUGAGCGACAACGAUAUCCUGGAUGCCUACCGUGAGGCGCGUGUUGUGAUAGUUGGCCCCCUCCUGCAAAAUUGGCUGGAGGAGUGGUGCGGUAGUGGCACGACCAGCAAGAGUAUGCCGCAGCUUGUGAUUCACCUUAUUGAGCUCAUGAAAAUUGCCCUUGCGCAUGAAAAGGAAGUCUUUGAUGAAGUGUGGUUACGCGAGGACUUUAGCGCACGCGUUUUCCCACAGCUCGUUGUGGGUGUCUCCAAUGAGGUGUACCACGUGUUUCGCUCCCGGCUGUUGCAGUUGGACGAACUCGGGGAGCUGGCGCAGACCAUUGAAGAGAUACAGCGUGCCAAUGUGCGACAGGAAGACGGCGUCGCUGAGCUCGGCGGGCUGCUUACAAAGAUGACUCAGGACACACAAGAGCGGCUCAUCUUUCGCACAAGUGUCUUCCUGCGCGAGGCUAUCGUUCGCUGUUCUCCAACCAAGGCUAUGGCACAGCAGUUUUUGUGUAAAGACAAUACUACCGAAGACACCGAUAUUCCUGCCCUCAACAACUGUGUGUCGCUUCUGCGGUUGCUGUACCCCUCCUUGGAGCUUUCUGUCUUCUCCGUAUUUGCAGAGGAGGCCAUUCACUGCACACUGUUACAGGUACAGGAGCUCGCGAAGAUAAUGGGACAUCAGCAAGGGGAGUACAGUGUUCUUAAGGGCCUUAUGUGCCAACUUUCUCACCUGUUGCACCUUCGCGAAGAACUGUCACGCAUCGAUGAAAACAUCACUGUUGUGGAGAAACGUAUCGACCUCACCAGGAUUGCUCAGCGACGGCUUGAGAUUGUGCAGUCAUCGCGGGAGUCGAAGAAGGAUGUGGAGAGUGAGAUUAAGUCAUGCUGUGAUCGUAUUGUACAAGCGUUCUUUGCGGAGGUAUCUUCGCCACUUUCUGGCAUCGCUCGCAAGAAGCCGAAGGAGAUUGAAACAGCUGCUGGUACUGUGGAGAAGAAAUGGAGUACUCUGGAAACCUUGCUUAGUGUGUACAUUGCAAAUGCGGCGACACGGGAAGUUCUUUUGCGUCCCGUUAGGGCACGACUUGACGAAUUGCUUCGCGAGACGGCUUCGAUACAACGGCAGCAUGGAAGGGGAUCCCCAGAAGGAGUAGGGUCGCUGGCGCCCACUGCAUCAGCGGAAGGUUCUUCCACACCUCCACUGCGGGAUGGGCGCAAGAAGGUGGAAGAGUCAACGCAGUCGCAUUAA